GCUUCCCAGUGCCCAGACCCGGUGCCGCGCACCCCUCGCGCCCCACCCCGGGGAGGGCAGAGGCGCUGAGGCAAUCCGACGGGCACGGCCAACCUUGCCCGUUAUGUUUGUCCUCCACCCCGAACGGGCUCUGUCUGAGGCUACGCCCCGGGGAGCCCCCGCGGGACCAGGGGAGGUGUGGCACAGGAGGACGCGCUCCUGCGCGGCCUUGGAAACCUCCCAGGAGGGUGUGACCACACCGGACCAGGACGGGCUGGGCCCCACGUGGCCAGGGGAGGCCAGGUGCAAAAGCUCGCCGCGGAAAGGAACGCGCGGCCCGCCGUGGAUGGCGGUAGCUCGGGGGGCCUGGGGUGCGCGCGGCGGACGGAGGCCCUGCUCCCGCCCUUCCUCGCGGCUCCUCUCUCUCCCGCAGUUCUUGAUGACCACCAACUCCCUGAGCACGUGCUGCGAAUCGGGGGCCCGCACGCUGGCCGACUCGGGGCCGGCUGCCUCGGCCCAGGCGCCCGUCUACUGCCCGGUCUACGAGAGCCGGCUGCUGGCCACCGCGCGCCACGAGCUCAACUCAGCCGCGGCGCUGGGCGUCUACGGGAGCCCCUAUGGCAGCUCGCAGGGCUACAGCAACUACGUGACCUACGGAUCCGAGGCGUCUGCCUUCUACUCGCUGAACAGCUUCGACUCCAAGGACGCCCCUGGAUCUGCGCAUGCGGGCCUUGCGCCGGCUGCCGCCGCCGCCUACUACCCCUACGAGCCAGCGCUGGGCCAGUACCCCUACGACAGGUACGGGACCAUGGACAGCGGCACUCGGCGCAAGAACGCCACGCGGGAGACCACGAGCACGCUCAAGGCCUGGCUGCAGGAGCACCGCAAGAACCCCUACCCCACCAAGGGCGAGAAGAUCAUGCUGGCCAUCGUCACCAAGAUGACCCUCACGCAGGUGUCCACCUGGUUCGCCAACGCGCGCCGGCGCCUCAAGAAGGAGAACAAGAUGACGUGGCCGCCCAGGAACAAGUGUGCCGACGAGAAGCGGCCCUACCCAGAGGGCGAGGAGGAAGAGGGGGGCGAGGAGGAAGCCCGGGAGCGGCCCCUUAAGAGCGCCAAGGGGGAAGAGCCGAUCGGCAAAGAGAAGGAUCUGGAGCUGAGCGACUUGGAGGACUUCGACGCCCUGGAGGGGGAACCCCCAGAGUGCGAGCUGAAGCCGCCUUUCCAGUCCCUGGACGGAGGCCUGGAUCGCGUGCCCGCCGCGCCAGAGGGCCCCCGCGCCCCGGGGAAGGAGGCUUCCGGCGCCCUCCGGAUGCCCCUGGCUGCCGGAGGCGGGGCCGCUCUGGACCAGGACCUGGAGAGGGCCCGGAGCUGCCUCCGGAGCGUGGCCUCUGGGCCGGAGCAGCAGCCCGGCGCGGCGGGCGGCCCCCAGGCCUGCGAGGCCAAGCUGGGCUUUGCUCCAGCUGGGGCGUCGGCGGGCCUCGAGGCCAAACCACGCAUCUGGUCUCUGGCGCACACGGCCACUGCGGCCGCCGCCACCGCCCUCAGCCAGACUGAGUUUCCCUCGUGCAUGCUCAAGCGCCAAGGCCCCGCCGGCCCUGGGGUGGCCUCCUCCUCGGCGCCUGCCUCCUCCUCGCCUACGGCUCCGGCCCCGGCCCCGGCCCCCGCCGCUGUCCUGGACAGGCACCAGGACUCCCCGGUAACCAGUCUCAGAAACUGGGUGGACGGGGUCUUCCACGACCCCAUCCUCAGGCACAGCACUUUAAACCCGGCCUGGGCCACCGCCAAGGGCACCCUGCUGGACCCGGGGCCGCUGGGCCGCUCGCUGGGGGCGGAGGCCAAUGUGCUGACCACGCCCCUGGCGCGCCCAUUCCCGCCCGCCGCGCCCCUCGACGGCCCCGCUGCGGGCGGGGCCAAGGAGCUGCUGGCGGUGCCCAAGGCCGGCGCCAAGCCCUUCUGCGCCUAACUGGUUGCGGGCAGGAGCGGGAGAGCCUGCGCUCAGGCCGCAAGCUUGAAAGUGGCCACCCUUCUACCGAGUUUCCAAAGCGAGCAAGACAGCGGCCAAGCUCGGGCCGCCAACCCACCCUAGAGGGAGGAUCUGAACUCGGCCUCCUGGGGCCACGGACAAGCCCCCGGAGCACCUGGACAAGAGAAGCCGGGCCAUCCCAAGCUAGCUCACUCGGGGAGGGGACCGGCAGGAUGGGGCUGCUGUCAGAGCAGCCAGCCGGAAACACCCUGAAGCAUAAAGUUUACGUCCAAAAGUUUACAUGGGGAAGACGUUUCAGUUCGAGGCCUGAUUGUUCCGCUGUCUCCUUUGGGGUUUGAGGCAUGCCACGAUUCCUUGUGAAGACUCCUCAGCCUGUACACCUUCUGAUUUCAUCCUCAGCACAUCAUUUUCACCAGUAGCACUUCCACCGAGUUUACACCAUUGCACACUCUUAACUCGAUAAAAUUGUUUUUUUUUUAAUGUAUGUUCACACCAAUAAUUGCCUGCUUCAGAGGCUAAUAUAACAAAACCAAUAAAACCGAGUGAUGGUGUUUGCAUUGCGAAAUGAA